AUGAUGAUUACAUCCUACAGACUCGUCGCUCUAGCCCUUGCGGCAUGCCCUGGCCUGGCCAUUCCGCCUCCAGAAUUUGGAUUCGUGGAUAGCGCCAACCAUACCGAGCUCAGCGUGGCUUUCACAUUCGAUGGGAACACAACAGUGGUCCAGGAAGGCCAACUCUUUGGAGGAAACAUCACUAGCCAACAGCCAGCGCUGGCUGUGAACCCAGCCGCCUAUCAGUCUGUCGCUGACUAUAAUGGCGACUAUGUUAUUCUCAUGAUAGACCCAGAUGCACCGUCGCCAGACAGUCCUACCAGCCGGUUCAUCUUACACUGGCUGGCCGCCAAUGUGACGCAAGGCACGACGGCCGAGGCGCCUUUGACCGGUCAACGGGCCCUCACGAACAGCACACCGGCCUUCGUUCCGUACCGCGCUCCCACACCCCCUCUGAACUCCAGCGCACACCGAUACAUCAUCUACGCGUUCGCGCAGCCGGACAAUUUCGCCAUCCCGGAAUCUUUCAGCGGCUUCAGCGCGCAGAAUCGGUCUCUGUUCAGCCUCGACCGCUUCAUCUCGGAGGCUGGCCUCGGCCGGCCAAUGGCUGGCGAGUUUUGGUACGUGAGUCGGGAGCCCGAGGUCCCUGGCACAUUUGUUGCCCUCGCUGGAGGGGCCUACCCUGGGGGCAAUGGCGCCGCCAUCUUCUCGGCCGGGUCUGGCAGUGCGACGGCUACGGCGACAUCAUCUGCAUCAAGUACCUCGAGUACAGGGGGUGCAGCCAGCACGGGGACGUCAGCUGCGAAUGUGGCAAGAGCUUCUUACUUGGGUCUAUACACUUGCCUUAUCGGUGGAGCUGGGCUUCUGGGCUUGACUCUACUGCUUUAG